AUGUAUAUUCUUCAAACAACUACGGCCGUUCUGAUUGCAUUCCUCGCGAUUCUUGCAUACAAUGAAGUUCGGAAUCGUCUAGCGAGAACCUGGCCUAGGAGAAAAGACUUGGAAACACCACACAGUCCUACCAGACCUAUUACCAGCGACAUCAAGCCAUUCAUUCCGGAUCCCAGUUUGAACAAGUCUCUGGAUUCCGUUGAACCUGAUGUCAUCGACGAAGAUUUAGCGAGAUUCAAGCAGCUCUACUACAAGCUACACAACCUGGAGUACCAUCCUGAAAUCAUACCCGAGUGUCGCGGACUGCUUUUAGAACUACUCUCGUCGACGAUUGCCGACGCAAUCAAGGAACCGGACAACACCAUUCUAUCUGUCGAGCGCUUUUCACCCGAUACUUUGAAAGACUUUCUCGCAGCAAAAGAUGCCGAUGUCACUAACCGAUGGGAGGAGUACCUGGCUCGGCGGCGAGGUGGAGAACCGCGUGAAAUGUUCGGAGACAAAGAGGAGGCGAAAUGGUGGCUAAAGCAAGCUGCCCCUGUCAAGUAUGUUGAUGGCGCUUGGCUCGGACACAUCAAUAAGAUGAGCACGCCAUUCAAGUACCGUCAGAUCACCAAGAACGCUUGGCAGGUUAUGUCAGAAGAACUAGGAGACGGGGAUAUUGCAAAGAACCAUGUCCAUGUCUACCGGGAGUUGAUGGAAGACAUUGAUGCCAGGUUACCUGAGGCCGAUUCGCAAGAUUUCAUUCAUCCCCGUCAUAGAUUGAACGAAGUGCGGUGUUGGAAGGCCGCCAUGGCCCAACUUACGAUAUCUCUGUUCCCACAUGACUUCCUGCCCGAGGUCCUGGGAUUUAACCUGGCGUACGAGAGUCUGCCUCUCCAUUUACUGAAGACCGUCAAGGAACUCCGUGAACUGCGCCUGAAUCCGUAUUAUUUCGAACUUCACAUAUCCAUUGAUAAUGCAGAUUCAGGCCAUGCUGCCAUGGCCCUGGAUGCAGUGUUAAACUAUAUGAAAUUAGUAGCAGAUGAACAAGGCGAAGAAGCAGCUCAUGUUGCUUGGAAACGUGUACAAGCUGGUUACAUUCUCGCCGAGGGCUUACCUACGACACCCGAGAGCCCGUCACUCAAAUCAAAAGUCGAGGAUCCGUUUCCCCGUACCGACACGGAAGCCCAAGUAGUAGCCAUCUUUACAGCCAAAAGCUCCGUCGCCCACAAAAUCCACUGUAACAGUCGUCUCAAAAUCGGUAGACGCUCCCUCGUAGAUUGGCUAGAGCCAAACGCCUUCAAAGACCCAACAUGGCAGCGAGACUUCCUCCACGACCUCAGCAACUGCAAACCCUGGGUAGUCAAAGGCCACAGCGCCCAAAGCCGGCUGAUCAAAGAACUCUCGUGGGAAGGUAAAAUGUUCGGCAGCUUCACCGAAAACGAAGUGGGCAUCGUCACCGCCUGGAUCAACGAGCUUGCUUCCCCACCAGCCGCACUCGCAGCUUCGGACCUCCUCGAUGCAGGAAAACAAGCCUACUACUGGGACUUUACCGAGCGCUUGGACAUUCUUACCCACUACCCGGUUUUUCGCCCGCAGCAGCAUCUCACGGGGCGCCUGUCGAGCGAUCUUGCGAUCGACUGCGUGCCGAAGUUGGACUUUUGUAAAUUGCAUCUAGGCAGUCUGCUCCCGCUGUGGUUCGCGGCGCCGGCGCUGCUCGAGGGCCUGCCGGCCGUGCCUGUCCGCGCGGCGAGCACGUUUGGAUCUGCUGCUGUUCGUAUUCUGCGGUCUCAAGCUGGCUUCAGCGCCGAAGGCGCGGGUGUAGCAGGCAUGGACGAAGUCCACCGAACUGAUGAUGGCGAGGCGGUUGGCAUCGUGGAACUUGGCCUAGAGUUGUGUCGUAAUGCAGGCUACCAGCAGCCGUGUAAUUUGCGCGAGGCAGUGUCGCUGGGCGAGCCCGAGUCAGCUGCUUUUGCGGAAUGGAUGGUUGCGACGAGUAUGCGGUGGCUAGUGCACCGGGAUGCCCUUGUUGGUAUGGCUUGGGCGUUUAUGGAACUGCACGAGGCCUGGACCCAGUGCAAAGGGGCGGUCCCGUUGUUAUCUGCCAAGAGCAUGGCCAUCUUGCAGGAGAUUGCGAUUAGAGAGAGGAAGAAUCUAGAAGUGUGCAGGAGCGAGAUAUACCAGCAUAAGCAGCGUUGGGCGGAUUUUCUCCAAGGAGUUGCAAUAGGCAGGCAAGCCAUCGAGUCAUGUUUCACAAGAAGUCACUCAAAAGGUAAGAUAGAUGGAUUUUCAAAGAUAGGUUGA